AAGAACAAGAUUUUAAAAAUCAAAUCCUAACGGUCAAAUUUAGAGGUCAUACUAAAUCUCUUUGGAUUCUUCUUUCUCUAUAACCAUCUCAUUCCUCAGUUUCUUUGGACGAAAAUCAUUGCAAAUUACAGUAAAUAUCAAUAAUGAGUUGCGUUUUGGUUUGUUUUAACGGUUUGAACCAUAAAAAACGGCGGCUUUCGACGAAUGUAACGCCUCAUACGGACCAAAUCUCUGGAGUUAAUGAUCAGCUUGAUGUUGCAAAAACGGAAGAAGAACAACCCAUUAUUGUUACACAACCCAAAGAGAAUCAUGAGGAAGAAUGCAUCAGCAAUGAGAAAAAGAAGGUGACAUUUGAUCCGAAUGUGAAGGUCCAUGAGCUCGAACAUGAAAAAGAAGAAGAGCCGUCAAAUGGCAUGAAAUCGGAUUCUAAUCCGAUUUCAAUAAAUGGAGACGGAUAUCAAAACCGGGUUGAAGAAGAGUCGUCGGAAUCAUUAUUUUCUAUUUUGUUAAUUGAUUCGGAUAGUGAAGUUGGUGAAAAGGAGGUGUCAAGUCCGAUGCCAAAAUGUAGUUCAUCACGCUUGGUAUUAAAGGCGAUUGAGUCUGAAUGUGAAGAUAGGAAUCAUCGGAAUGUUGAUUUCGUGUUGAAUUCUGUUGAAAAUCUGAAUCAAUGUAAAGCUAUGGACAUGAAAGCAGCUCGAACAGUGCACACUAAUCAUCAAGACAAGGAGAAUAUUAAUCUCGAAAAUAGGCCUGUUUUGGGAGAAGUAGCGGCGAAGGAAGUUGAUAAAGUUUUUGCAAAUACUUGCCCUAGAACGCCGGUUAUAGGAACUAUACAGAGCUACUGGAGUCGCACCGGACAGCAUAUGGAAUCAGAUUCAGAUUCUUCUUCUAGCAAAGGAAGGCGAAUAAUGGCCGAAAUGGAUGCUAGCUGAUGAUGAAGCAAAAAGCUCACUUGAAUUUUUCAUUGAUCAUGUGACAGGUAACGUAAUUAGUUAAUAUUUCGAUCAACAGUUACGUUGUCAAUUAAAAGUUCAUAAUCUUACGCGGGGAAUUGAGUAGACCAAAGAACUUUUGGUCAUUUGCAAGAGAUUGAAGCAAGCUUUAAUUCGGACGUUGGUGUAGGAUAAAUUAUGUUGUAUUCUUCUCAUUCUUCUUUACUAAAUUCUCAUGUAUCUGUUGUAUUUUUAGUAAUUGAUUAACAUCCAGAAAGUUCCAAUUUUUUUGGAUGAUUAAACCAAAUAAGCAAGUUAUAUGGAAUUCUACACCACUUGAAGCAAGGCUUGAUAGAAUCUUGGACAUAA